GGAUUGGGGAAGGGCAUUGUCGAAUUCGGGUCGUAUCUUCUGUGUGCUCGGUAGCCUCCAGGAAGGAAAACGCUACAAAUCUUCAUCACGAGUUUCCAUCAAUUCAAUUGGAUAAAUUAUGUCUCUUCAUCGUUGAAUUCAAAGCCCUUCCCUUACCUGAAAGUCAAAGAACGCGAAUUCGUGUUAAGCGGAGAAGAAUAUUCUUCUUUCUAUUUGUUUUAUUAUUCUUAAUAAAGGAAACUCGGAUAAGAUUUCCGUUCGGAAUCGCAGUAUCGUUCGUCGGUUUCUCUGUAAUUUGCUUAUCUGAUCAAUCUCGUCUCUUGGGCUUCAGAUUUGCUCCUUCAUCAGUGUUAAGUUACAGAUAUGCAGAGCCAGGUGGUUUGUAACGGGUGUAGGACUAUUCUUCUUUAUCCCAGGGGAGCCUCAAAUGUCUGCUGUGCAGUCUGCAAUGCCCUCACUCCUGUCCCGCCUCCUGCAAUGGAAAUGGCUCAACUCAUAUGUGGAGGCUGUCGAACACUGCUGAUGCAUCCCCGUGGGGCUACUAGUGUGAGAUGUUCAUGCUGUCAUACGGUUAACCUUGUGCCAGGACCAAACCAGUUUGCUCAUGUUAACUGUGGAAACUGCCGUACAAUGUUGAUGUAUCCGUCUGGAGCUCCCUCUGUUAAGUGUGCUGUGUGUCACUUCAUCACUAAUGUUAAUCAGGCAGGAGAUACAAGAGCGCCUAUUCAACCCCACACACCCAAUGGAACUGCUACAUCUUCAUCAAUGACACCUUCUUCGACAGCUACAUCUCGACCACAGAAUCAAACUGUAGUUGUCCAGAACCCCAUGUCAGUUGAUGAAAGCGGGAACUUGGUGAGGAACGUUGUUGUUGGUGUGACAACAACGUAGAGUUGGCGGUGGAACAUCUUAAAUCUCAUUGGUUUGCAUCCACUCCAGAGGUUAGCUUACUCUAUUGGUAAAGAUGAAUAUAGAGACGAUGAGUACCUGCAUUUGAAAUGUGGUAAAUGAUUGGUGGUGUUGAUAUUGUAAAGAAAAAUCGCGGCUAUUGUGAAGAUUUUGGUUGUAAUUUGUGUACUGUAUUGAUUUGCUGUAGAUGGAAUUUUCAUGUUGUGAUUACUCAUUUGACAUUCAUCAGUUCUGUAUGUACCUAAACACUACUGUACUCCAUGUAAACACCAUUACUGGAACUGGGUAGUGGUGAUGAUUUUCACGUUUCAACCUGUGGAUUUUUACAUGUUAUAGGGUGUUUGGUUGGCAGUAAUUGUAAUUCUUUUCC